CUUGUUCUAGACAGUUUCAUCACAGAGCCCUUUGCAGUCCGCUGGGGACAUCAACACGGCUGCUCCUAAAACCUUCACUUAUGCUUAUUUUAUUCUUAAUUUUUUAUGUUUGUAUGUUCUAGAUCAGACGCUGAUAAUGUGGCAAAGUAUAUUGUUUUUUCUCUGCUUCGUCGUUUCACGGGGGACUGCCCACGACAUAAAAGUUGUGUGUGAGGAGCCUGACGCUUUUCCUGAAAUAGACCUGAAUGGCAGUCCAUCUCAGGUGGCAGGCCUAAAAGUGGAACUGGUGACGGUCGGACAUGAAAGAAUGCUGAACAUAAGCUGGGCGAUCAACAUCGAUGCUAGUAUUAUUCAUCUGAAGGGCACAAGGGUCAUUUCAGGACAUUUGACCCAUUUCUGUAAAUACAAUCCCGCUUUGACUGAAGCAAACCUUACUGGAUUGGAGAAGGAAUGGUUUUCUUUUUUAGUUGGCGUAGAUUAUGGUUCAUUCCUUGUCACCGUUUAUAAUGAGCCAUUGCCUCCAAAGGGAAGUGGCCCCACAAUACCAACAACGUCUAUUUGGGUACCUCGUCAACCAACAACAACUGUUACACCGAGUACUACAAAGGCAACUUUGGAGUCUUUGCAAACAACACCAAAUAAUGAGGCACAAAAUGAAGAAGUUAAGACUGUCAGUAGAAUUGUUUUUGGAGUUUUGGCCUCGUUGAUACUUUUGAUUUCCUGCUUUGUUAUAUAUAAGAUGUUUUCGUCAUACUCCGCUUUUGAAAUCCUUCCUGAAGCCCCCAUGACUCCAGUGUCGGUGGUUGUGGUGUAUCCUUCGGUGACGCCGGCCUUUCAACAGGCGGUGGUGGCGCUGGCUGAGUUUCUGCAGUGGCACGGUGGCUGCAGAGUGACGAUUGAUAUGUGGCAGCAGGGGAAAAUUGCAGAACUAGGACCGCUGCGCUGGUUAGCUGAACAAGUAAAGGGUGCAGACCGUGUCCUGAUCGUUUCCCCGCAGGUGGAAACUUGGCCUCCCAAAACAUUCCAUCCCAGCUGCAACUGGUGA